UUUGUAGUUUGUACCAUCUGAAUCUGCCACGAGAAACUAAAGCCGAUAAAUCUUGACGCGAGAAUCUCUCUCCAAUGGAGUCUUGCCCUUCUGUGAAGAACAUUUUACUUUUGGAUUCAGAAGGAUUGCGUGUAGCUGUGAAGUAUUAUACAGAUGACUGGCCAACUAAUAGCUCUAAGGAAGCAUUUGAAAAGUCUGUGUUUACCAAGACUCAGAAGACAAAUGCACGAACAGAAUCUGAAAUAACAAUGUUUGAGAACAACAUAAUCAUCUACAAAUUUGCUCAAGACCUUCACUUUUUUGUUACUGGAGGUGAUGAGGAAAAUGAGCUCAUUAUAUCCACAGUUCUUCAAGGUUUCUUUGAUGCAGUUGGUCUUUUACUUAGGGGCAAUGUGGAUAAGAAGGAGGCUCUUGAAAAUCUAGAUCUCAUUUUAUUGUGCCUUGAUGAAAUUGUUGAUGGCGGAAUCAUCCUGGAAACAGAUGCAAAUGUUAUUGCUGGAAAGGUUGCAAGCCACAGUGUAGAUUCUGGAGCUCCUCUAUCUGAACAGACAAUAAGUCAAGCAUUGGCAACUGCUCGGGAACAUCUUACAAGAUCUCUUCUUAAUGUAUGAUGAUGAUGAUGAUAGAGUUUGGGAAGAAUAUGGAAAUCAAAUGCAGUGGUUUGUUGAGAGUUAGAUAUGCAUGGUAAUCUUUUAUUCUUCUUGUUGUGUUUCUUAUAGGGUAUAAAUUUGGUUUUUGUAUUGAGUACACCAUUUUGCUGAAUUUGAAUAUUAUUCAAUGAAUGUUGUUUAUUGUUUAUAGUGAGAAAAGAUGAUGAAUAUGUUUUUUA